CUUUAACAUCUUUGACAAUUUUAUUCAAUAUUCAUCUUUGUUUUGUUGCUCUGUGACUACGAGGGGAGAACAGCUAGUGUAAGAGGGCUCUGAAGAAGAAGGAAAUCCAGAAUUCCAGAUUGAACGAGAUGGGUGAAGAAAAGCGGCACCAGAUGAUGCAGAACCUCUUCGGUGAUCAGUCUGAAGAAGAGGAGGAAGAAGAGGAGGUUGAUUCCGAGCACGAAGUAGCACGACAACGCGAUUAUAUCUCUGAUGAAGGGGAGGGUGGGGCGGAGCUUGAGGGUGAAGGUGAGGCUGAAAUUGAGGGUCAAGGCGAGGCAGAAGUAGAGAGUGAUGCAGAACUACAUGAUGUAGAUCCUGAUCCUGGAGAGAGUGAGGGUGAAAGGGCUCAAAGUUCACCAGAAAGAGAAGUUAGUGAUCAAAGGGAAGAAAGUGAAGGAAAAGAAGUUGAGAGUGAUGACCAAGAAGAGUAUGGUCAAAGAGUUGUAACCAGCAGGAGAAGGGAAGUAAUUGAUAGUGAAUCAGAGCGUUCUGAGGAAAACCAAUAUGUUGACAACGAAGAUGAGGAGGUUGAUCAGGCUGCAAGACCAAGUAGGUCACCUAGUGAAGAGAAAGAUGAGGGCCAUAUCUCACAUUCAGCAGCUGAGAUCCGAGAUGUUUUUGGUGAUUCUGAUGAGGAUGAACCUGCUGAGUAUACAACUCAAAAUGAUCUUGAGGAAGAGUCACAUAGAUCCCCUAUGGAGGAAGAGAGCUAUGAGAAGGAUCUGAGACCAGAAGAUAUAGUGCCUGAUGAAGAUGCACAGUAUGAAUCAGAAGAUAACAUUGAACAGAAAACUAAAGAGAAACCUCUUGGCAACCCUCUGGAAGUAGAAAUUCCGCUACGUCCACCCCCGGGUCUGCCAGAUAAGAUGAACAUGAUCAAGGUUUCUAAUAUAAUGGGGAUUGAACCAAAGCCAUUUGAUCCAAAGACAUAUGUAGAAGAGGAUAUGUUUGUAACAGAUGAAUCUGGAUCUAAGAAACGUAUCCGCUUGGAAAACAAUAUUGUUCGGUGGAGGAGAGUUCGGAAUCCAGAUGGCACAAUGUCUUACGAAAGCAAUGCACGUUUUGUAAGGUGGUCGGACGGCAGUUUGCAAUUGUUAAUUGGGAAUGAAGUUCUUGAUAUAUCUGUACAAGAGGCAUUGCAUGAUCAAGCACAUCUUUUCCUUCGACAUGGAAAGGGAAUCCUUCAAUCACAAGGGAGACUCCUAAGGAAGAUGAGGUUUAUGCCAUCUUCCUUGUCAUCAAACUCUCAUCGGUUAUUGACUGCUCUUGUUGACUCACGACAUAAAAAGGUUUACAAAGUUAAGAAUUGCAUCACUGACAUUGAUCCUGAGAGGGAAAAGGAGGAGAAAGAGAAGGCUGAAAGUCAAACUAUUAGAGCUAAUGAACUUCUGCAUCGUAAGCGAGAAAAGGUCAACAGGAAGUACACACAAACUGUAGAGAAGGGUCGGCAACUCUCACCUGGGUUCUUGGAGGAAGCACUUGAUGAGGAUGAUGAGCCUGAUUAUUAUGAAUCUCGUCGCUCGGCUGCUCGACAUCGUUUUGAGGAAGACCUGGAAGUGGAAGCACAGGCUGAAAAACGUAUCAUGAAUGCAAAGAGGGCACACAAGGAUAUUCCACGCAAACCAUCCUUGCCAGCUGUUCGAUCAUCUCGGCGUCCAGUUGAAGAGUUCUCUGAAAGUGAGAGAGAGGAAUCUGAAUAUGAAAGUGAUGGAGAUGAAGGGGAAAGAUCUCCACCACGUAAGAGGGCAGAGGAGCCAGAGAAUGGAGAUGAGGAGGAUGAUGAGCAGGAGGAAGAGGACACAGGUGCAAAUGAAGCAUCAGAAGAGGAAGAUGAGGAGCUAAGGAGAAGAGGUAGGGAGUCUGGAAGUGGAUUCAAGCGCAAGGAGAUCGAGUCAGAUGGCGAGUCUCCUCCAAGAAAGGCAACAACCCAUCGUAGAAUGGCAUUUGUUUACGAUAGUGACGAGGAAUGAAACCAGCUUCAAAUGGUCAGAAUAGCAGACUUGAGAUGAAGGAUCAAGUCAUGUUUAUCUUCUGGCGUUGGACCAUUGUUCAUCCUAUCAGCCUCUAUUCUAGUCUUUCGGUGCUCAAUUUUCAUAGGGAAUUGGUCAUCUAUAACAUGUUAUUUUGUUCAUUUUGUACUCCGUUUUGGACACUGAAACGGUGCUACCCCUCAAACGUGUUAUAGUCGAAUUCAAAGAUGAUGCUGUGAAUGUCUUGUUAAUGUUAUUGGCCCGGCAUGCAUAUCUAUUGAAAAGUGAAAGAAAGAGAACUUAUAUGUUGACUUUGUUCCCA